AUGAUUUUUUUUUUUUUUGGCAAAGCAUUUCCAUUUCUUUCGUGUCUGGCUAUUAGUUCUUGGUCAGCUGCUGCCGAUUCUGACCAAAAAUCACCUAAACUGAAAAUUUAUACUUUCUGUCUUUCUCUACAUUUUUCUUUUCCUUCUCUUUCUCUUUUGCUCUAUCUAUCUAUCUAUCUAUCUAUCUAUCUAUCUAUCUAUCUAUCUAUCUAUCUCUACAUACAUACACGCACGUGGCCGAUAUAUUUUAUCAAACUACCUGAUUCCGUUUUCACCUAUCUAUCUAUCUAUCUAUCUAUCUAUCUAUCUAUGUCUACUCAUAUCUAUCUAUCUAUCUAUCUAUCUAUCUAUCUAUCUAUCUAUCAUUCUGUUCGUAUCUAUCUUUCUAUCUGUCUGUCCGUAUCUAUCUUUCUAUCUGUCUGUCCGUAUCUAUCUGUCGAUCGAUCUAUUUUCCUAUCGAAGGCAGUUCAAUAUCUAUCUAUUCAUCAAUCAAUCAGUGUGUUAAUUAGCUGUAUCUCUAUAUUAGUGUUAUCUAUCUAUCUAUCUAUCUAUCUAUCUAUCUAUCUAUCUAUCUACUUAUCUCUCUCUCUCUCUCUCUCUCUAUAUAUAUAUAUAUAUAUAUAUAUAUAUAUAUAUAUGUACCAAUGUGUUAAUUAUCUGUAUCUCUACAUUAGUAUGUUAUCUAUUUAUCUAUCUAUCACAUUCUGUUCAUAUCUAUCUAUCUAUCUAUCUAUCUAUCUAUCUAUCUAUCUAUCUCAUUCUCUUCGUAUCUAUCUCAUUCACUUCGUAUCUAUCUAUCUCAUUCUCUUUCUAUCUAUCUAUCUAUCUAUCUAUCUGUCUGUCUGUUGCAAACUGUUCAUAUCUAUCUAUCUAUGUAUCUAUCUAUCAUUCUGUUCGUAUCUAUCUAUUAUUCACAAUUAUUUAUCUCAAUCUACCACAAGAGGGAGAAAUGACUGUAAUGUUGACCACUCGUUCUCUUAG